AAUGCUCUGAUACUCUGAUAGUGAUAGUGUCACUGUCGAGUGUCGAUCAAUUUACUAUUAAUUUAUGUUCUUAAUUCUAUUUAAUAUAUAUUUAUAUACAAAAACAUAGUAUUGUUUAAACGAAAAAAUAUCGCCGAAUCGGAUAUAAACGAAGUACGUAGAAUAUGAAUAAAUAUCCAGAGAACAUAGAAAUUAUUUGUGCAAGAGAGGACCACAUACCAAGUAUAAAAUCAACAAUGAAGGAUUUUUAUUUAGAUGAACCAGUUUUCAAAGCUCAAAAAAUAGAUGUUGAAAAAUUAAGUAAAACCUUUUAUGAAUAUAAAGAAAGCGACUUCACAUUAGUAGCCAUUGAUAAAAAUAAUAAAGCUGUAGCAUCUCUUGCUAUAAAUAGUAUAACAAAACCUGAUAAUGCAUUAAAACAAAAAAUUAAUGCUGAUCUAUACAAUAAAUGUAACAUAGAUUUAUAUAGAGCUUUAAGAUUCUGGUCAUCAAUUCAAAGUGAGCCAUGUCUAUUCAAAAUGUUAAAUGUAGACACAAUGUGGGAGAUUAAAACUUUAGCAACAGCACAACAAUAUCGAAAUCUUGGAUUAUCAACAGCUGUGGCAAAACAAUCAUUUGAAGCAGCUUUACUUAAUGAUGAUAUCUCAAUUAUUUGCAUGGACUGUACUAAUUACUUGAGUGCAAAAAUAGCUCAGAAUCUAGGAAUGGAGUGUGUAGUAAAAAAACAUUUUAGUGAAUACACAGAUGAAAAUGGGCACCCUUGGAUUAAGAACAUACCCAAUCCACCAAAUGAUACAGUAAAUGUUUUUAUUUUUAAGAAAAAGAAUUACAAAAAUAAAGUUUGAUUAAUAAUA